AUGGCGGCAGCGGCGGUGGCUGCGCCGGGCCCGUCGGCACCCCCGACAGGACGGGUGCCGCCCGUGGCGUGCCCGCAGUGCGGCGACUUCUGGAGGGUGGGCUCCCUGUUCGUCCGCGACUCCUGCGGCCACCGCAAGUGCCGCUGUUGCGUCAUCGUUGAGGGCAACGAGUGCGGCACCUGCAACCUGCGGGCCAAAGCUGGCGGCGGUGCGGGCGGCUCGCCCGCAGCCGAGCCGAGCCCGGCAGCAUCUGCAAAGGAAACAGCAGGUGGGCCUGCAGCUUUAGCGGCGUGCAACAGUGAGGCGAGUACUGCUGGAGCAGCCACUGGGCUGUCCCCUGUGCCAGAGACACCGGCUAGCAGCACACAGCCAGGGGACAGCACAGUGAAAACCUCACCUAGCAGUGUGGCUGCUAGCAACAAUAAAAAGAAAGACUUGCCUCAGCAAAACUCAGGGAAGAAGGUACUGGACGAACUGAACGUAACAAAUGCCAACAAUGUGCCGGAACUCGCGUGGGAAGACGGUGCCGACGCCGAGGCCGUAGACGACCCCGAUCCGCUGCCGGAGGGUGACAGACCGGCGGCGAAGAGGCCGCCACCGCCGACACACGGCGUUAUUAAGUUGCCCGAAUAUGCACUGGUGUCGGUGCUGGGCUGUACUGUCCGCUCACGUCUCCUGUUUUUCUCAUUUCUCCAAGGGUCGUCGGUGAUGUACUACUGCACGAUCUGCGGCCACAAAUUCAAAUCGCGGUCCACCGUCAGGUACCACUACUACUGUGGGGUCGAGAACAAGCCGCUGACCUGCGAGCUGUGCAAGAAGGGCUUCGUCAGCAAGUCCCACUACGAGUACCACAUGAGGGACCACACAGGAGACUUGCCAUUCAAGUGUGACGUCUGCGGGAAAGGGUUCAAGCAGAAGACAAAGCUUACACGGCAUACCAUCGUCCACACAGACGAUCGUAAGUUCAAAUGCUCUACGUGCGGGAAACAUUUUGCCGAAGCUUCGAACCUGAAGGUUCAUUCGAGAUUGCACACGGGUGAGAGGCCGUACAAGUGUGACCAGUGCGGACGGAGCUUCAACGAGAGGGCCAACUACAACAAGCACGUCCGCAGCAUUCAUACCAAUGAGCGUCCAUAUGCAUGUGAAAUUUGCGGCAAGUGCUUUGCCCGGUCGGAAAACCUGAAAGUCCACCUGAGGCGACACAAGGGAAUCCGCCCGUAUGAAUGCCCAGUCUGCAGUCUGACUUUUUCGUACAAGAAGGACAUGACGAGGCAUAUGCCAAUACAUGACCCUUCAGUGCGUCCAUUCGAGUGUGACAAGUGCUCCCAGACAUUCAAGCGGAAGGACAACUUGCUGCGGCACAUCAAAUUGUCCCACAGUGAGACCGAGAAGGAUGACGGGUCGCAGACUGUGGCAGGGGAGAGAAGUGCGGAGACAGAGAAAGUCCCACCUCCAGAAAACCCUGCUGCCACUCAUGAUGAAGGUAAUCUGGAGCAUAAUAUGAGCAUCCAUAUGCAUGCAAAAUGUGCAGCAAGUGCUUCGACAGCUCAGAAAACCUGA